UAGUCUGUCCACGAUGAUGUGCUGUCUAUCACUGAUGGCAACCAUAUCCCAUCGCUAUGACAACCAUGAUGCUUGGUGACAUGGCGCAACAAAGGAUGCUGGGAAAACGUUUUUUCUCUGCCCCAGAAACUAAAGAAGUGGAAGAUGAAACGGAAGAGGAAAAUAGGCCAAAUGGAAUGAUGGAUGGGGAGGAGGAUAACCAGAACCGAGGAGGCACCCAAUCACGAGAGGUCAAAGGGGAGGGGCUAAAACCAGCAGCCAUUGUAAUUGGAAGGCAACGCGGAGAUAGGCAGCAGCGAAUGGCCAAUCCAGGACACCGGGGGAUUUCAGCCAAUCAGGCAGUGCUACAUCAUCAGCCUGCCAGUCAUGAGAUGUAUCACCAACCUCCAGCCAAUCAGCAGCAGCUCUAUAAAGUUUUAACCAAUCAGCAGGCUCGGAGGCGUCACAUGGAGCGGAGCAUGACCACAAUUGGGCCACUAGAGGAUGCACAGCUCAACACGAUGGUGUUCCGUAUUGGAAUUCCUGACAUCAAGCAGACGAAGUGUUUACGGUUUGAUCCUGAUGCGACCGUGUGGAGUGUGAAGCAGCAGGUGGUGUGUUCCCUCAGCGAGUCUUUGUGGGACGUGUACAAUUAUGGAUUGUUCCAGCCUGCUUCAGAGGGACACCACGCCCGCUUCCUGGAGGAGGAACAAUCACUACGACAAUUUCCACAAUCCCUUGAGAAGGGUGUGCCUUACCUGGAGUUCAGAUACAAGAGUCGGGUUUAUAAACAGACCAAUCUGGAUGAGAAACAACUGGCCAAGUUACACACCAAGGCCAACCUAAAGAAGUUCCUGGACUAUGUCCAAAGUGGGGCAGUGGAGAAGAUCAGUAAAGCUUUGGAUAAAGGCCUGGACCCUAAUUACCAUGAUCCAGAGAGCGGAGAGACUCCUCUGACGCUGGCCGUGAUCAAUGGUCUGAGUGUUGAUGGAAUCCGUGUGCUGCUGUUAAACGGAGCUCAUCAUGAUUUCAGAGCAAGAGACGGACUCACACCACUGCAUAAAGCUGUUAGAGUGCACAAUCAAACAGCACUGCUGGUGUUCCUGUCUCUGGGUCUGUCUCCAGACUAUAAGGAUCGUUGUGGUUUGACACCGCUGUACCACUCCGUGCUGACAGGGGGCGACACAUCCUGCUGUGAGACGCUGCUGUACUACAGAGCGCGGCUCGGAACACGGGAUGAGAAUGGUUGGGACGAAUCACAUCAGGCAUGUCAACAUGGUUUUGCCCAGCAUUUAGAGCACCUGCUGUUUUAUGGGGCAGACACCGCUUCCCAGAAUGCAUCAGGAAACACAGCCCUGCACAUCAGUGCUCUGUACAAUAAGGAGAGCUGUGUGCGGGUUCUCCUCUACAGAGGAGCUAGUAAGGAGACGAAGAACAAACACGGACAAACCCCCUUUCAGGUCGCUGUGAUGUCUGGUCAUUUUGAACUUGGAGAGAUCAUCAAAAAUCACAAUGACACAGAUGUAGUUCCGUUUUUGGAGUCUCCUAAAUAUGCUCCUCAGCGUAUUGAAAGUGGACAUGCAUUAUCAGUGAACAUGUCACUCCCCCACCCACUCCUACGGGCAAAGAGUGAAAACACCAUGGCCGCACCCCCUGAUCCUGUAGCUCCACCCACUACUGCACCUGCAACUGCACAGGUAGAGCCUCGCCGGUCAUCUUUUGCUCUGAGAAGUUCUAGUAGUCCUCGUGGUGCUCGCACUCGUUCUCCAUCUAGAGGAAGAGGAGAAUCCGAUGAUAAACAGAAAAAACAGAGAGGAAGACAGGGCAGCCAUUCUCCCGUGGUCUUUAGUGUUGUUCAGCGGAGGAGGCUGUACAGUGCAGUUCCUGGUCGUGUCUUUAUAGCAACUCGCUCUCAUUCUGCUCAGGGUGAAAGAGAGCUCAGUCUCAGCAAAGGAGACAAGGUCAAAGUACUGAGUGUUGGAGAGGGAGGUUUCUGGGAGGGCACAGUUAAAGGUCGGACUGGUUGGUUUCCUGCUGAGUGUGUGGAAGAAGUUCUGCCACAGAAUGAAGAAAAGAGACCAGAGAGUCGCAGUGAGAAAGCCAAGAGGAAGUUAUUCCGUCAUUACACUGUAGGAACGUAUGAUGGACUUGAGGUACCCAGUGAUUACAUUAUAAAGGAGAAGUCUGUUCUUCUGCAGAAGAAAGAGAAUGAGGGCUUUGGCUUCGUGCUCCGAGGAGCUAAAGCUCAGACUCCCAUUGAGGAGUUCACUCCCACUCCAGCAUUUCCAGCUCUUCAGUAUCUGGAGUCAGUGGAUGAGGGGGGCGUGGCCUGGAGGGCGGGGCUAAGGAUGGGUGACUUCCUUAUUGAGGUGAAUGGAAUGAAUGUGGUUAAAGUUGGCCAUAGACAGGUUGUUAAUAUGAUUCGUCAGGGAGGAAACAGCCUAAUGAUGAAGGUUGUCAUGGUAACGCGGAAUCCAGAGAUUGAGGAGGUGCCCAAGAAAAAAGCUCCACAGCAGCAGACGAAGAGAUUAACCCCACCUGCCAUCACACUGCGCUCCAAAUCCAUGACCUCUGAGCUGGAGGAGAUGGAUGAGGUGUACAUGUAUGUGUGUGUGUGCAUGUGUGUGUGUGUGUGUGCAUGUAUGUGUGUGUGUGUGUGUGUGUGUGCGUGUGUGUGUGUGUGUGUGUGUGUGUGUGUGUAUGUGUGUAAAAGUGUUUUUUUUAUUCUGUUUGUAGAUCAGUCAGAGAGUUCUCAGGCUCCUGAUAAGAAGAGGAGCGUUUACCAAAUGGCCCUUAAUAAGCUGGAUGAGAUAUUAGCUGCUGCUCAGCAGACAAUCAGCACGUCUGACUCUCAGGGACACAAAGGACAUGGAGGUCACGGAGGGAGGAAGGAACGGAACAAGGGCUUUUAUUCUAAUGAGCAAAGUUUUGACCAAUCAGGAGGUGUUGGUGUGAUGUCGUCAGGGUCUGGGUAUGGUUCUAAUUAUGCCCAGUUUUCAUCAAGCCACACCUCCCAGCAUGGGGUGAUGCUUCGACAGAAAUCCGUUGGAGUAACUGAGGAGGAAAGGGGACAUCUUCACCCCCCUACUAUGAAAUUAUCUCGUAGUUUAUCAGUGCCAGGGCCAGAUGAUAUCCCACCUCCACCUGAAAUCUCUGCACCAGAACCACCAGUUCCUGUUCACAGGAGACCAGAGCUCAUGCACAACAACCCUACUCAUCACGCCCAGAUGCAGACAAGAGCACCAUCCAUUCGUCGGGUGGAUGCUGACCAUAGUAGGAGGGGAGGAGCUAAAAUGGGUGGUUUAAGGCGUGGUUCUAGCAGUGCUGCACCUCCAUCUGACAUGCCUGUGGCAAUUGCCAGGACAACUGGCCGCCGUGGCGGUAAGGGGCCAUUGCUAAAGCAACGUAAGGUGGAGGAAGGAGCAGGGAGAUCAGAGAAAAACUCAAUUCCAAUUCCAACCAUAAUUGUCAAGGCACCAUCCACAAGCAGCUCAGGACAUAGCAGCCAGAACAGCAGUGUGGAGGCAGAGGCUUCUCCACAGCUUGAGAAUGAAGAGGCAGAUCAUCACAGCACAGAAUCAAUCCCAGCUCCACCCGUAGCCGUGCCUCCAGUUCCACUUACACCCUUCCCUCCAGAUGUAGGUGGAACAGCUCAACGUGAAAGAGAGCGUUUUCGUGAUUCCCGUCGCAAAAGCACUUCCUUCUUCUACUCCUCUGAAGAGGAUGUCCUAGAUGAGGCUGACUCUGCCCAGUCUGCUCAGAAUGAGCCUGCUCCCAGGCUCCGCCCCUCCAAGUCGAUCGAUGAGGGCUUGUUCACAAGUGAUGCUGCUAGCAUGCCGCCUGCCUUUGGACUUCCACAAUAUGCCUCUCAGCACAACACUACCUUUAUUCACCCACUAACUGGAAAAGUUCUGGAUCCAUCAAGUCCACUAAGCCUAGCAUUAGCUGCUCGGGAGCGAGCUCUUAAGGAUGACCAUCGAUCCCGUAAAGAGGAGAGGCAUUUUGGCCGCCAAUACUCCACUGCUGCUGCUUUCCCUAUCCCUCAUUCCUCUACCCACAAUCCACAGCACCAGUCCUCUUCCUACAUGCACCAAGCACAGACUGGCAUCUACUUUAGUGGCAGCAGCCCUACAUCAACAAGUCACUCUCCUUUGAGUCGACCCCAGAGUCCCCGGAUGUUGCGACUGUCUGGUAGUGGGUUAAUGACCAUGGAAAGGGAGGGAAGAGAUGUUCAGAAGGUGCAGUUCACUACCGAAAGAACAAAUCAAUAUCAGACUUAUCACCAUGAGAGGGAAGGGCAUGGAAAAAUGUCUCAACAGCCCCCUCAGCAUAGACCCCCUUUAUUACGCAUGGAUACUGAAGUGGGUGCUAAUGUUGCUCGCUAUGCUAAUCCUGCCCUAGAAACCACCAAAAAGUCAGACACACAGAGAGAAAAUAAGGAGGAGGAUCCACAUGGUGAAACUGGAGGUGGGGUAAUGGUUUUGCCGCCUCCUGCCCCCUCAGUGGACAUAGCCGAUGAGUUUGUGUUUGCAGAACCACUACCACCACCCUUACAGUUUGCUAAUGGAGUGGACAGGUCAGUACAAGGAGCAACAGUGUACAAUCAUCAUCAACAUGAACAUCCUCAACAAGAACAACAACAUGGUGGUCAUAGUUUACCACAGCAUGAUCAGCAGCUCCAGAACGCCCCUCUAGACCCACCAACAGAAACUUCCCAGUCUCUACCUGAAAUUCAUGCCUCAACCUUUCAUCCAUCUGCCAUUGUUCAUCCAUUUCUCUUCCCCCCUUCUCCUCUAAUCCCACCACCCCAGCUCUGUCCCAAACUAGCUCCUGUCAAUCCACCCCAAUCCAUGCAAAUGCCACAAAAUCACCCCCAGCCCCCACUUGCCUCCCCCCAGGCCGCUGACUCUGCUGCAUCCAGUUUGACAUCAUACGAUAGUGAGGUGGCUAAUUUAACCCAAUCUGCUCUUUCUCCUUCACUUCCAUCUCCCCAGAUCUUCCCUCUAACUUCCACUCCUUCUGCCCCACCCACUUCCUCAGACCCCGCAUCAUUGCACAGGCCCCUCCCACUUUUCUACCCACCCCAAGAUCGUGGUAGUUCUACUCUUACCUAUGCCACCAUGACAACUGCUGCUGCAGCAACAGCAACUGCUGCUGUAGUAACUGUCACCAUGACGACCCCUUCAGCAAGUCGACCAGUUGUUGGUGGUGAACGGAUCCGGUCAGAAUCAAAGGGUUUUGAUUGGCCUGAAGCAGUGGUGGAUUCAGGGAUUGAGGUACCGGACAAUCACAGCAGCAGUGACCAUCCCACAGAAAGUGUUAGUGGAGAAAGGAGGCAUCAAGAAAGACGAGUGAGCACAGAAAGUGGUGGAAUAAAGGAAGGAAGAAGAGUGUCCCUGGAUUCUUCUCUGUCUGACACGAAUCACCAGUUUAAACUGCACAAUGACACGCAUGCAAAAACUCAUACACACAAAAUCAAACCUCCACCAUCCCCACAUGCGAAACCACACCUACAUAACACUGCUAAAUUGCACACUAAUGUGGAGAUAGGACGAACAGUGCCAUCACUACGGCGACAGACAAGCGCUGCCCCAGGAUUCUACCAGCCGGAUGAAAAGAUGGAGGGAAAAGGCGGAGUGAAGGCACCAUCUUUCAUGGACAGACGUCUGAACUCUCCCCUUUCCAGCGUAAAGGCCAGUAUUAUCAGUGAACUCAGCAACAAGCUGCAGCAGCUCGGGGGAUGGCAGGGUCAAGGGUCACAGCAGAUGCAAAGGUUUUCAGAAGACUUGUCUUCAUUAAUUCCUGCAGGCCAUGCACAACUUCUUUCCUCCUCUCAACCUCUUCAGAGAUCUGUGUCCCCUUCUUUGGCUCCUGUUCCCUUAACUCCUAUUAGCUCUAAGCCUUUAGCCCCAACUAUAACUCCUAACCCUUUAGCACCAACUAUUACCCCUAAUCCCUUAGCCCCAACUAUUUCCCCUAAUCCCUUAGCCCAUACCUUGCCUCCUAACCCUUUAACCCCCACUCCAUUAACCUCAGCACUCUCCUCUAACCCCUUAACCACAAAUAUUGUACCAAACCCCAUAGCUCCUAGCCUCACCGCUAAUCCUUUACCUUCUUCACCUUUGACCCCUGCGUUAACCCCUACCUUGACCCCUCAGGUUCCUCCUUAUUCCAACUGGACCCCAUCCCCCUCUCCUCUGUCUUUCUCUCACUGCCCUCUUUCUCCUCCCUGCCUGCCCCAUGCCCCUCUUUCUCCUCUGUCACUCGCACACCCUCCAUUGUCCCCUCCGUCAUACAGCCACCCUCCCAUCUCUCCUAUAUCCCUCUCUCAUGCCCCUCUUUCCCCUUCCUCCGUGUCCUACUCCCCAUACCCGACUUCACCAAAGCAUCGUGCUAAAUAUCGUACUAAAGGUCUGGAUUUGUUUUCUGCUUCAGAAUCAAGGCGUUUUGAGGCUCAUAUCCAGCGGCGCCGUGCUCCAAGUCCUCUUAUUUCUUGUUCAGAACGACCACAACCUGGGCCACCACGUCCUUCCUCUCUUCCUCUCUUUCCUUCUACUUCCCUUUAUGGAUCUCCCUUUGAUCUGCAGGCCCCCCUCACUCCCCCAUCAUCUUCCCAUCCACUGGCUGAACAUUUCUUCCCUCCAACUCCCCCACUAAUGCCCCCAUCCUCCCCAGCACCCACUUCAAACCCUUUGCUAGCCUCGCACUCUCUCUCCCCUACACACUUUCUAUCAGGUGGCUCCUCCCCUUCCAGUGUAAGCUACCUACCACCUCUCACCCUUCCUCCACCCAAUCGGCCUUUUGCAUCCAAACCCCUCCCCUACUGGACCAAAUAUGAUGUUGCUGAUUGGCUGACCUACCUGAACCUGGCAGAGCAUCGAGAGCGCUUCCUAGACAACGAGAUUGAUGGUUCACACCUGCCAUCACUGACCAAGGAGGACUUCCUCGAUCUUGGAGUGAGCCGUGUCGGACAUCGCAUGAACAUUGAGCGAGCACUGAAGAGACUGACUGAGAGAUUGUCAUCUCCAUUUUCUGUCUCCACUGUUUCCUCAGAGGGACCGAAUGAACGACUGCGAGAUGAAGGAGCUCAGAGCUGAAGGAUUUACAUUACACAGAAAAACAGGGCUCUCAAACAAGUCACUUUUCUCUGCAGAUGAACCUAAAAACUCUGACACACACAAAAACAGCAAAACAACCAUUUAAUAUAAAACGUCUUACAAUCUGUGCUAAGCUGCUCCAGUGUUUAAACUCAGUGUGAUCCACCUGAGAGACUCAACACCUGAGAGUGCCCUCAGCCUUGACGGAGGAUGAAAAUGCAAGUCUGCUUCCUUGUUCCUAAAAUCCUGAUUUGAUUUUAUUUACUCACAGUGAUGGCAGCAUUUCUCUGUUGCUAUGGUGAUGUAAAGUUUACUGUAGAAAUACAAUGCAAUGAUCUUUAUUGUUGUGAACCAGUGUACAGGUAAUGUUCAUGUCAUACUUGUCAUUACUCGUGUUCUGAUGAUGAUGAGGAUGAUGAUGAACAUUAGCUUUACAAUUUUUAUUUCUACUCACAAUAAUGAUUAUAAUAAAUGGUAAUAAGAAUAAUAAUAAGCAUUUAAUGGUUAAGUACAUAAAAUAAUUUUCACACUGUAAGGAUAAUUGGUCUUCCAGAUCAGAGAACACCAUAAAGUUUCCCUUCGGGUAUAGGUUCUCUUCAUCUGCUCUCUGUACAACAUGCACAGAUUUAAGAGUGUGGGAGGUUAGUGCAAAGAUCAUAAGAUAAUUUAAUUUUAUUAAAAGGAAAUAAACAAUAUUUUAGGACUCAGUAAAAAUAUAAGAAAUUAAUAAUUACUUGGAUAUACAUUAAAUUAUAAAUAUAUGAUAUUUAUGCAGAGCUCUAUAGAUUUAUCAGGUAUUUCUGUUGCUAUGUAAGGAUGAUGUUUAUGAUGGAGAUAAUCUGAGAAUAAUGAUUAAGAUGUUUGAAUAAAUGAGACUUAUACUCCA